UCGCAGCAUUUCAUCACCAUGGACGCACACGGCUUACAAACACAGCGGCUCGCAGCUCGGUGGCUGCAAGGAGAUGCUGUCCGGAGAGCCAGGAGCAGCCAGAAGGGGCUACAUGGCACCGCUGUGACGACCACGACAGCAGGAAAGUUCGUCAAAGGCUGAUAUCCCACCGUGGAACAUGGCAUCCAAGGCAAAACAGAGUAAACAGGACAGUGUUGGUGCCGGGAAAAAUAAGGAAGUGAGAACAGGAAACAAGGAAGAAUUACAAGGAAUCAAAAGUGGAGAUGCAUCCAAAAGUGCCGUGGAAGCGCUUGUCAGAGAGAGGAAUUCAUACCUGCAGAAGGAAUGCGAGGUCCUUGCAGAACACAUGGACACGUACGUGCGAAGAGUGGAGCGUUUCCUGCGGGAGAAUCGAUUCCUCGAAGAGGAAGCCAAGCGGAAUCGGAGGGAGAGUAACGUUUAUCUCUCCUACCUGUCGAAACACAGCCAGAAGUGUCAGAACCUGCUGAUAACACUGAGCGAGCAGAAUGAAGCCGAUCUGUCUCGGGUCCAGCAGCAGAAAGAGGAGCUCGUCUCACAGUACGCAGAAAAAGAAAAGCAGGUCAGAAACUGUCUGACGGAGAUGGAGGCGAAGUAUUCUCUUAUGCGCGACGAGGUUGAAGACCUGCAGCCUUUCAAAGACCUGCAGCUGGAACAGACGAAGAAGAUCAAAGAGCUGGAGAAGGAACUGCUGGUAACGAAGAUCCGCCACUCGGAAGAAAUGCACAAAAUCAAGAGCAGGUUUCUGCAGGCCAAAGCCGAUCGCGAGGAGGACUCUCGCCAGAAGAUCCUGCUCCUCGCCAAGAGAGCGGAGGAGGCAGCAAUACAGUCCCUAAUGCAGCACAUCCAAGAAGUGAAAGCUGAGAACCGCCGUCUGCGCCAGGAGCUGCUGGGGCUCAUCCAGUGCUCGAAGGUCCUCAAGGAAGCCCAGGUUGAGCUGAGGGAGCAGCAGCAGCAGCUGCUUCGAGAGCGGCGGUGCAGCCAGGACAUGGCGCGCGCACGGCGCAGGCUGCGCCAGCAGGAGGAAAGCGGGGCGCCCGCAGCUCUCACAGCCCCUUCAAACGCGGGUACCGGCAUGAAGGAACACCCCUCUGCUCCUCGCCAGUGAUGCUGUGUCAGCAGCCUUGCUGGGCAUCGCCGGCUGCAGCCAGGUAGCCUCAGAAGCGGUCGGGGCGGCUGAUGCUGUGUGAGGACGAAAGGAGGCACGGACGCAGCUGACGCCGCAGACUGUAUUUAUGGGCACCGUACAACGAACUGACGAAGGCCAACUCCUCCAGCAACUUCGAUUUCCAAAAUCUCAAAUACAGCACAGACUUCAUUGACUUUACCUUCUGCUAGACUGCAAAGGACAGAAAAUAAAUGAGCAAGCAACCAAACUCUUCAAACAAUAUAUGCACUCGAGAUAUUUGAUCUUUGGUCUUAACAAUGA